AUGGCGCAAAGAGACUUUCCUAGAAGCAAGCGCCGUUGCUGCGAUGGGUGGAAGUUCUUUCAAUUAAACCUCACGAGUGGAUUCCAGAAAGAAGUGCUGAUCAUGAGCAUGAAGAUCCCGAGAUUGGGUUUCGACUUCAACAGCAUUACUCAUGCUCGAUAG